UUCUUGCAGGGUCAUUGACCCUUACAUCCGGGGACUUGUUCACUGCCGAACCCGGAAGUAUAUACAGUUGAAAGUCGACAGUUUUGAUAUCUGGUAGACAAACUUUUCUGCUCCUCUCUCUAUGUGGGGUAUGCUGGAUUUGUGGCCCUAGCGAGUCGCCCUUCCUGGACUGUUGAUAAUGCCUUACUUGGACCGGCGUGGACGGACUUGUGGAUUUCUGGACAUUGAGGAGAAGGAGAGGAGUGGCAAGUUCUUACGGCGAUACCUCCUCUUGGACAAAGCAGCUGGCCUGCUGGAAUAUUACAUGGACAAUCCGUUGAACCUUCCCGAUGGAACAGCACCAGUCUGUCAAAUCAACCUGUCAUAUAUACAGCAAGUCUUUGAUGCAAGAAAACAGAGACCAAAGAUUGAGUUUUGUUUUGCAAUCCUGGCCAACAGCCGACACUACUUCAUGCAGGCUAAUGAUGAGAAUGAUAUGGAUGGGUGGGUCGACAGCAUCAACAAUGCCAGCAAGAUUACAGUCCCUAAGAAGAACAUCCAAAGGGUAACAAAGCAGGAUGAAGAUAUGGAAAGAACGCCAUGCCCAGGUGGUUACAGAGCUGAGAUAGUUGGAGGAAUGGUGGUCAAGACACCAAUAGAGAUGAGUGACAGUGAUAGUGACGCAGAAAACGGGAAAUCCAGGGUUUCUCCAUCCACUAGGAAAAAACUAGCCCUGGGCCUGAAGCCAGUCAAGACAGGAUUCUGUGUCAAGCAGGGUGCGGUGGUGAAGAACUGGAAAAGGAGAUACUUUGUUUUGGACCAUGAAGGUCUUUCUUACUACAAGUCUAACACAGACACAGAUCCCAUCAAAAUGAUUUCCCUGCUUGAUAUCCUGCAUGUCAAGUCCUACUCUGGGGAUUUGCCAAGAGACAACCUGUUUGAAGUAAUCACAACUAACAGAACUUUCCUAGUACAGGCAGACAGUCCAGAGGAGAUGGAGGCCUGGAUAAAGGCAAUCACAGAUACAGUAAACUCCUUCAGGAAGGAGUGUCCUAUCCAGCGAAAAGGGGUAUGUGACUAGUCCAUACCAGAAUCCCGCAGGAGAACAAGACACCACUCACCAGACAGCAGGCAGACCCUCCCAAGGCACUUGCGGGGGACUCAGGUGUAAAUGCCAAGUGUACUAGGAGAGGGCAGCUAACUUUGGUGUAUAUAUGAGCCAUUUAGCAUUCCUGAUUGGCUAAUCUACGACGCAGUGUGUUUAAAAUGUUAUAAUACAGGCUUUUGAGCACUUCAUUUCACAUGGUGUGAAGCAUAUCAUCUUGCAGUCAAAGAAAGCUGCUAGUGUGUGAUUUUCUACCUAUUACAAGUUUUUAUGCAUGCUUACAUUUUUAGUCUGUAUACAGGCAGUUACUGGCACGUUUUUAUUACCAAUGCAGUAAUACUCUUAGCAUCUUGAAAAGCAAUUGUCUACAAAAAAGAAGUUGCAACAUGUAAAGCUCUUUUACUUCAAAGCAGCAGCUGAUUUGAUAUUUUACAUUUGUAUUAGUUUUUAAACUUCUAGUUUACUUCUAAGACAAUAGUUUUUCUUUUCUGCUUUUAGGAGCAGGCAUUGGUAGUUUGCAUCAACUUGUAUACUAUCAUACUGUUAUGUGUACAUAGUCAUAUUAGAGCAAGUUAAUUCAAAUAUCCCAAACCUUUCUUUUAUUGUACUGUUUUUAGUCUGCAUUGUUUGUUUUGCCUUGUAUCGGCUAUUGCGUACGUUCUACAUUGCCCAGGACCACAUCAAGCACUUGUAUAAUUAUUGUACAGUUUCCCUUUGAUGUACUGGUACACAUUGGAAAUGUUAAUCCUGUCUCUUUUGGACAAAACUGUGUUUGGAAGUGGAGUCCAUAUUAACAGUUGGUAUGUGAAGAGGUUAUUAACUGUUUUAUAAAGGCCACUUAUGUACAUGUAUGUACGUACUUCCCUGUAGAGUCGAGGAGUGAGGAAUAAGGUUUUAGGUAAAAGUACAAGGUCAAAACUUUUAUUCAUCAAUUGCAUGUUGUACAUAAGUUGAGUUUUCUUGUCUAGUAAAGAUGUACAUAAGAUUAAAGUGGGUGUAAGGUUGGGGUUGCUUCAACAUUCAAGUUUUAGAGAUGGUUUUGUAUCAAGGGUUUAUUAAUUCUUUGUUGUUGCAUUUCUACUAAGAAAGUACAUGUUGUUUUGAUGUUACACAGUACUACUAUAUAUCAAACCAAUUUGACAGUAUCAUGUUAGAACUUCAUGAAAAUUAUGCUAAGUACGUGGGUGUAUGUACUAAUUUUGUGUUUUCCUGUUAUGUGGUUAUGUACAAGUGGCUUUGUUUCAGUUGUUGCCCUUUUGUUACAACAGUUUGAACCAGCUGUCCAUUUCUGUCAAUCAUUUUGCCAGUCAGUCAAUUAGAUACAAUUUUGGCAGGUUUAAAUCAUCCUGUAUAUAUUAAACUUUAAAGUAGGGAAAUGAAUAUACCAAAUCUUCCACUGCAUGUAUGUAGUGUCAAAGUAAGAAGAAGUACCGGGUAAUCUGGAAAUCAUCUGUGAUCUCUUUUGUUUGUAACUAACGAGUGAGUUAGGACCAAACCGAUCUGUAAUGUUUUUCACGUUAGAUAAACAAUGGAGCCAACACAAAUAUUCAGAAUUUCACAAAUGCUGUGUAUACAUGUAAUUGAACCUUUCAUAAGAAUGUCAAGAAAUGACACAUGGUGUAAAAUGUAACCAUCUUGGUAGCAUUAAACAUCCUCUCAUGUG